CAACGGAGCGGGGAGUCCUGGAGACUGGCAGACAGGUUGGCGGACCAUGGCUAACCAGCCGAAGCCCAUCAGUCCGAUCAAGAAUCUUCUAGCCGGCGGCUUCGGCGGCAUGUGCCUGGUGUUCGUGGGGCAUCCCCUGGAUACGGUCAAGGUCCGACUGCAGACCCAGCCCCCAAGUGCACCUGGACAGCCUCCCAUGUACUCUGGGACCUUUGACUGUUUCCGGAAGACUCUUAUGAGAGAGGGCAUCACUGGACUGUAUCGGGGCAUGGCCGCCCCCUUGGUUGGCGUCACUCCCAUGUUUGCUGUGUGCUUCUUUGGAUAUGGUUUGGGAAAGAGACUGCAGCAGAGAUCGCCGGAGGAUGUGCUCAGCUACCCCCAGCUGUUUGCAGCCGGCAUGUUAUCCGGCGUGUUCACAACAGGAAUCAUGACCCCAGGAGAGCGGAUCAAGUGCUUAUUACAGAUCCAGGCUUCCUCAGGAGAAACCAAAUACACUGGGGCCGUGGACUGUGCGAAGAAGCUGUACAGAGAGGCCGGGAUCCGAGGCAUCUACAAGGGGACUGUGCUCACCCUCAUGCGAGACGUGCCAGCCAGUGGGAUGUAUUUCAUGACAUACGAGUGGCUGAAAAACAGCUUGACGCCAGAGGGAAAGAGUGUCAAUGAGCUCAGUGUACCACGGAUCCUGGUGGCUGGUGGUUUCGCAGGGAUCUUCAACUGGGCUGUGGCCAUCCCUCCAGAUGUGCUCAAGUCCCGCUUCCAGACUGCCCCUCCUGGGAAAUAUCCUAAUGGUUUCAGAGACGUGCUCAGGGAGCUAAUCCGGAACGAAGGCAUCACCUCCUUAUACACAGGCUUCACUGCAGUGAUGAUCCGAGCCUUCCCAGCCAAUGCGGCCUGUUUCCUUGGCUUUGAAGUUGCCAUGAAGUUCCUUAAUUGGGCCACCCCCAACUUGUGAGGCAGAGGCUCCGCCAGGCUUUCGGACACUGGAAGCCUUUGCCAAGGAGAAGCAGUGGGCAGGACUGGGCAGUCGCAGAGGGUGAGGGGAGAGGGGGAAGAUGGUAUCAGAGCUGUGUGUGUGGCCCUGGUGAGACCGUGGCCUUAAUAACUUGAUGUGCCAUUUUGGAACUUGAAUUCACUCUUGUUGAUAUAAGGGAUCUCGAGAGGAUUUGGAGAUGAACGGCUGUGGCCAGAAUCCUAUGUACCCCUUGACUGACUGCUGACCUCACUGCAUCCAAUGUGCUCCUCACCAAAGAGUGCCUCCCACUGGUGGCACUAUGCAUAUUUUGACCAGCUGACCAUUAGCUAGGGUCCUCCACAAUUCUCAGGGUGACAUCUAAUUCUGGACUGCACAUGGAAUGUAGACUUGACCGUUCACAACCUCUGUGGCCUUGUGGACUGGGCAUGUGUACCUGUGAGCAGCUAGACUGUUAGUGCCUGGGUUUGGGUUUCUUUAUGCAUGCAUGUAAUCAGGAAGUCAAACGAGAAUACUCUGAUUUCCCUGGAAUAGGUAGAGAGCCUCCCCUAUCGCAUUAUGAGAACAGAAUUGAAUCGAAAGUCCUAGCAGCUGGGAUAAGGGAGAAAACCCAGGAGAGGGGAAGGCUCUUGUUGCCCACUCUCUUCUCAUGAGAAUGCCCUAUCUUAAUGGGAAGCAAUAAAUAUUGGUCCUCA